AAAAAAAAAAAAAGAAAAGAAAGAGCCUGGAGUAACUGCAGCCGGUGGGGCGGUGGGGAGAGGUGGAAGAGGAGCCUCCCACUCCGGAUCCAUCUCCCAACACCACGCCUGGGUGAAGGGAUGGGAAGCACUGCCAUGGACAAGAAGAAAGAUGCCUCCAGCAGCAGCAGCAGGAAAAGCUCCAGCCAGAAGAAACUCAUGUUGCGAGUGCACAUCCCCGAUCUCAGCUCAUUUGCCAUGCCAUUCUUGGACGGUGACGUUGAGAGCACAGACAAAAAUGCUUCUCGCAAGGUGGAAGAAAACUACUCUGCCGGCAGUCCCUCAAAAGGCCUUUUCUCAAAAGGGCUUCAGAACCGACCAUCCAGCCCCGUUUCUGCCCCUGUGAGAUCCAAACAUAGCCCUGGGUCACCCAAAACAGUGUUCCCCUUCCCCUACCAGGAGUCUCCCCCACGCUCCCCACGCCGAAUGAGCUUCAGUGGGAUCUUCAGGUCCUCCUCCAAAGAGUCCUCCCCCAAUUCUAAUCCGUCUACCUCUCCUGGGGGCAUCAAGUUUUUCUCCAGAUCAAGAAAAACCUCUGGCCUCUCCUCUUCUCCAUCUACCCCAACACAAGUGACCAAGCAGCCCACAUUUCCUCUUGAAUCCUAUAAGCAUGAGCCUGAGAGACUAGAAACACGGAUUCACUGUUCUUCACCUCCAGACACAGGGCAGAGAUUUUCUUUGCCUCCAUCUCAAAGUGCAGCCAAGCCUCCCGUCAUGACACCAGCUCCCUGUGCUACCUCAAAACCAGUAAGUAAAGCAUGUGUCCAGUUUUCCAAUGGGAAAUACACAGGGUUGUGUCUUAACUGUUUCUUGUAUUACAACCAAUGGGCUACAGCGUGUGUGUCCAUACUGUGGAACAGAACAAGAACAAUGUCAUGGGCCUUUUACUUCAAAUUUGUCUCAGGUUUCCUAACAGCACUUGAAGAAUCGGAAAGUGACAUUUAUGUGAGAUUCAUGAGGUCACACAAGUGUUAUGACAUUGUUCCAACAAGCUCUAAGCUUGUUGUUUUCGACACUACGCUACAAGUAAAGAAAGCCUUUUUUGCUUUGGUGGCAAAUGGUGUGAGAGCAGCUCCACUGUGGGAGAGUAAAAAACAGAGUUUUGUAGGAAUGUUAACAAUUACAGAUUUCAUUAACAUACUGCAUAGAUACUAUAAGUCUCCAAUGGUUCAGAUUUAUGAACUGGAGGAGCACAAGAUAGAAACCUGGAGGGAGCUUUAUUUACAAGAAACAUUUAAACCUUUGGUGAACAUCUCCCCAGAUGCAAGCCUUUUUGAUGCUGUAUAUUCAUUGAUCAAAAACAAAAUCCACAGAUUGCCAGUUAUAGAUCCAGUCAGUGGAAAUGCACUUUAUAUACUUACCCAUAAAAGAAUCCUCAAGUUCCUCCAGCUUUUUAUGUCAGAGAUGCCAAAGCCUGCCUUUAUGAAGAAGAAUCUGGAUGAACUUGGAAUAGGAACUUACCACAACAUUGCCUUCAUACAUCCAGACACUCCUAUCAUUAAAGCCUUGAAUAUAUUUGUAGAGAGAAGGAUAUCAGCAUUACCUGUUGUGGAUGAGUCAGGAAAAGUUGUAGAUAUUUAUUCCAAAUUUGAUGUAAUAAAUCUUGCUGCUGAAAAAACAUAUAAUAACCUAGAUAUCACGGUGACGCAAGCCCUACAGCACCGUUCUCAGUAUUUUGAAGGUGUUGUAAAGUGUAGCAUGCUGGAAACACUGGAGACCAUUGUGGAUAGAAUAGUGAAGGCCGAGGUUCAUCGCUUGGUGGUAGUGAAUGAAGCAGAUAGCAUUGUGGGUAUCAUCUCCCUUUCUGACAUUCUACAAGCUUUGGUACUCACACCAGCAGGUGCCAAACAAAAGGAGAACGAAAGUGAAUGACUGCUGUGAAUGUAUACACGUUUGUAGGAGAACUUGAACAAAGUUUCUGGGUCAAGUUUGUCUCAAGAACAGUGACUGCAAUAGAACAGAGCAGGAUGGUUGAGAAUGUGUAUUGGGACUUAGUGAUGGAUGAUGAGUCUAUUCCCCCCAGUGAUGUCGCAAAAAAAGCAGCAUGACAAAAGCUUAUGUUAAAAUGUAGGCUUGUAUUUCAAAAUGUCUUCAAAACAUUUGCUGGAAGACUUCACAUGAUGUCCUUCAUUAAAAUGCACUGUAUUCUGAAACUUUUUCGUUUUGUAUUUGACAGAAGUCACUGGUCAGCAAUGGAUAUAUGUGACAUAAGGCAAGUGUAUGGCAUAUUCAUAUCAUAGUGCCUUAUGUCAAAAUACAGCAAUAUGUCAUCACUGUUGCCCAUCACUGUCAAAGGAAGUAUUGUGCUAAACGAGACACUGUAUUUGAAUGUGAAAGUCUUUAAAUCUAAAACCAAAUCAGUUUCAGUUCUCAUUAGAUUUGUCAUAAAAGCUGUAAUUUGAAUAUCAGUAGACUUCUUUAAAACUUCAAUGACAGUUUUGUGUUAAAUGUUGCAUUCUGAUGUAAAACAAGACUGAUUUUAAAAACAGCUUUAUUUAUUUUUACUUUCAUGACAAUUUUUUACACAUCUUUGGUGGAUAGCUAAAAUUUCACCAUAUCCAUUAAUAAACUGUUGAUUGUUAUACAAGCAAGUGGUAGAUUUUCUCAUUAUUUACAAGUUUGGAGGUGCAGAACCUGUGGCCUGUUGAUCAGUCCAUAUGACUUGAGCUUAAGAUUUGAGAAGCAUGGAUCAAAAGUGGUCUGUACUGUAAGACACAGGCACCAUGGAGGAAACAAGGUGCCAGAGAACAAUAUUUUCAUCUGUAUUAAAAUGUAAAAUGAUGUUUGUACAACAAAACCGAAACUUUUUAUUGUAUAUGAUUUGUACAGAAGUGGAGGAGUGAGGAAAGCUGUGGGGUAUUUGCUAAUGUAAAUGUACUGUAAAGUUUGAAGAUGAGACUUUUAUAAUUGUAGAUUCUUGUAGAUGGAAGAAAUUAAACCCUACAACAUCA